AUGUCAGAUCAAACACCAGAUUAUGAGACUGUGAUACGGACGGAAAUUUUUGCUGAAGGUCGAGUAAUGACUUAUCAGCUUCUCAGCAGAAAACUCGGAGUCCAUGUAAACAAGGCCAAAAAGUAUCUUUAUGAGUUUCAGCAAAAAACCACAGAAAAGUUUCAUACAACCUAUAUUGUUUCCGGAUACGAAAAAAUCAACGUCCAAGGACCUGUUACUAAUUCAAAUUCUACGCAAAAUCAAUUUCAAGUUGUUUCUAUAAGAGAUUCUUACCGACCUGCGACUAAAGAAGAAUCGUCAGAACGUUUGGAGCGAGUUAUUUGUAAAGUUCCUGAAGAAAAACUAAAUGACAAAAUAAAUAGUCUUGAAAAGGUUACCUCUGUUCAUAUUUACAGUAUAGGAUCUGCCGUUUCUAAUGAUAUUACUCUUCUCACAGAAGCUCUUCAAGAGACUAAGCUGAUAGAUUGCGAAUUAGAAACUAAUGUUGGUCAAUUGUCUUCCAAGUAUGGCGUGGUUAUUAACCCUUUAAUAGACAAGAAUUUAAUCGUUGUUCCAAAAACAAUUGAAACUCCAACUAAGGUUGGAUCAGCUUACAAAUAUCAGCCUGCAGCUAGAGUUGAAACAGUACCUGUAAAGCAAGAAAAGCGGACUAUAAAUGUGGUAAAAGAGGCUGUAAAAGAACCCUCGGCUUCAUCAACCACAGGAUCAGCAAAAGCAGCAAAAAGUUUUUCGACUUCAAAGGGCUCAAAUUCUAAAGAUCCGAGAAAACAACCUACUCUUAGUCAAACAUUUUUUGGGAAAAAGCCGGUUAAAACCUCCACCAGACAAAAAACUCUUGAAGAUACGGUAGAAGAAAAAUCUGGAAAGAAUUUAAAAUCAACAGAAACGUUUUCUGUAGAUGAAAAUAUCAUAAAUGAGCCAAAGGAAGAAAAGAAAGAAGUCGAAAGAGAAAAGAUGACAAGAGAAAAGGAAAAAGAAAAGAAAAAGGGAAAGGAAACUAAAGAAAAGGACAAACAAAAUAGUGUUGAAAUUAGUGAGGAACUUAAAAAUAUGUUUGCCGACGUCGAAAACAAUGCAUCUGCAACCCCUGAUAUUCAAAGCGAAGAUGAGGGUAUGACGGACCAAAGUGAAAACGAGAAGGAUGAGGACGGUGAUGUUGAAAUGGGCGAUUUGCCCUCGCCUGCUCCUGUACCUAAAGAGCCUACACCUCCACCUCCUGCAACUACCAAAGGCCGAAAAAUGAAAAAGGUUUUGAAGCGAACCACCAAGCUUGAUGAAUUAGGAUACUUGAUUACACAUACUGAAGAAGUUUGGGAAUCUUGCUCUGAAUCAGAAGAAGAAGCUAAACCGGUAGAAAAACCAAAGCUUCGGACACUUCCUCCCGUUGGAGCGCUUAAACAUAAAAAGAAGAAUAAUAACCAUUCUCACCCAGAUCCUACUUCUCUAUUAGACCAAGCAUUGCGAGAUUCCUUUCGUUCAAAUCCAACUUACUCUGAUAUUAUUGAAAAAUCAGACAAUAAAAUGAAAGUCAAAUUGGUGAAGGAACAAAGAUUAAGUGCCGCUGCUGCUGCUUUUGCACAGCCUGACGAAAUUGGAAGACCUCCGUUCAGCCCUUCAGACGAACACUCCUCUUCACCUCAAUUUCCCCAAUCUAUUCAAGAACGUGAAGAUGGAAUUACUGCCACUACAACUUCGAUUCCAAUCGUUUCUUUUCGAGCUCGAAAGCAUAGAUUUUCGUGUCUAAACUGUUGUGGCGGAAAAGGAAUUCAGCCUACAACUGCUUGUGACGAAACAACACAAAUGAUUCAAGUCGGUGAAAACUCAUUUAACAGUUCUGAAAAACGUACGGCACAUAUUGGAUCUAAAGCACCAACAGUCGCUAGUAGUGUCAAAGGAAGUACUUGUCUUUCUUCUUCAACAGGGUCCACGCCAAGAAGUAUUUUAAAAUCUUCUCAGAACCAAAGCUCUUCACAGAUAUCUCAUCAAGAUUUAGAUCAAAGACUUGUUGAUAUUAGCGAAACAAAUUCAACAAUUGAUCAUCACCCAAACUUUAGCUUGGCUUCGAAUAAACAGUUAUUAAAUCCGAAUAUACUUAAGCCCAUUUCUCCAAUCCCAGUGCAGCCUCCUGACAGCAAACUUGUUGCUAAAAUCCGUGAUAUUACUAAUAACACUUCCAAUGUCAAAGUACCAAGCAGUCUGGCAAUUGUAAUGCAAGCGGAAUCCGCCCCUAUUAAAAGCCCGGCCCUUGUUUCUGAUGUAAAUAAGUUGGCUUACAGCGCCCCAAUCAUGUUUACUCCUGUCAAAUCUGAUCCUAACACCGAAAAUUCGCAUGGUCAAAGUGUAAGCAUCAACAGCUUUAAUAAUGAAAUUGGAUCAAUGGCAUGUAUUUUUAGAGAAGACGUUUCCCAAAUUGGCGAACUUGGUGAUUCUCUAAAACCAACACCCCUGGGAACUAUGGGGUCACUUAUCGAUUUAGACAAUAACGAAUCUGUCCAUGAUAUUUGGAGAUAA